AUGGCAGGGGUCGAGGUAGCCGGGGCCAAGGGAGCGUUGGCGGGCGGCCGUGGGUGCGCGCUCCCCAGCCCGUACUUAGCACACACGCACACACGCGCACGCACGCACGCACGCCGCACGCACACGCCCACACGCCCCUACUGUACACGCCGGCCGGGCGCUGAUUCUCGACGGCGCGCCCGUGCAGGGCCAGGGAGCAGCCAGUGGGUUCUCCCCGGCAUUUCUGCCCCUGGUCCUGUGGCUGUCGACGUCGACGACGACGACGACGUGGCGAGGGGGUUUAGAUUGGACUCGACUAUGGCUGUAUGUACCAUGUGCUGUGUGCAUUCAUUCACCCAGCCGACCUGCCGCCGCCCGCACCAAGACGACCAAGACUUGACCACCACCAUCACCACCAUCACCAUCACCACCAUCACCACCACCACCACCACCAUCAUCAUCACCAUCAUCGCGACUGCUCACACGACUACUCCUACGACUACUCCUACUACUCCUACGACUACUACCACCAUCACGGCCAAUGACACGCACGACGUGUUUGGCACCACGACGUACAUGGCCCGCCGCCAGCACCUCGCCUCGCCUCGCGCCCGCUAG